CAUAAGGGUACAUAGGCCUAACUCUUCUCUGCACCAAAAGUACAAAUCCAAAUGCAAAUAAGUUUUGUGUCUUAUAAUGUGAUUGUGUACAUCAUAGUACUUUGUUGCAUCAAGAGUCCUCGGUUUACUUGAUGUGUUUUGGAUAAAAUCCCACGAUUUCAACGACUGCCUACAUCAUUAUCGUUUGGGGCUAAGUCUGACCGUUGUGAAACUGGCGAGGCUCACAUUUUUAUACCCAGAGGAUGGCAUCUGAUUUCCUGGAUUACAUCAGUGACACCACGGAAAUGAAUAACGGCCAUGGAAUUGAAGUGUGCAUAUCAGCAGUAUGACUGGGGAAAAUUUGGGCUCAACAGCAAAGUGGCAUCUCUUCUAAAAUGUGCAGAACCAGAAUUGAUAAUAGAUGAAAACAGGCCAUACGCUGAACUUUGGAUGGGAACUCAUCCCAAUGGCCCAUCUAUUGUGAAAAGUUCUGGUGAAAAAUUAUUGGACUGGAUCGAAGGCAAUUCACAGGCACUAGGUAGAAAAGUAGUAUCAUCAUUUGGUAUUCAGUUGCCAUUUCUUUUUAAAGUAUUGUCAAUCAACAAAGCCUUGUCUAUUCAGGCUCAUCCCACCAAGGCUCAUGCUGAAAUACUACAUCAGAAAUAUCCAGAUCUGUAUAAAGAUCCUAAUCACAAACCUGAACUAGCCAUUGCACUAACAGAUUUUGAAGCACUGUGUGGAUUCCGACCAGCUGAGGUUGUCAAAAAUUUUAUGAGACAUGUUCCUGAACUGAGAGAAGUUUGUGGGCUAGAAGUAACUUCUCAGUUUUUAUGUAGUGAACAAAAGGAUGCAGAGUAUAACCUUAAAGUAUGUUUCACUGCUUUGAUGAAAUGUGAACCCAGUAAAAUAGAAAAACAGCUGUCACACCUGCUGGAAAGACUUGACACAUUAGAUGAUGACACUAGAACAUUGAUUAAUGGUGAUUUGUUUAGACGAUUACAUAUGCAGUUUCCUGGAGAUGUUGGAUGCUUCUCCAUAUAUUUGCUCAAUCAUAUUAUUUUGAAACCCGAGGAAGCCAUAUAUUUAGGACCUAAUGAACCACAUGCAUAUCUUUCUGGUGAUUGUGUAGAAUGUAUGGCCUGUUCUGAUAAUGUAGUCCGUGCUGGACUUACACCUAAGUAUAAAGAUGUUGACACUCUUUGUAAUAUGCUGAAUUAUAAAGGAGCACCAGCUGGAGACAAAUUAUUUAAGCCGAUUGGAGAAGAUGUAUAUACACAAGUAUACAAGCCACCUGUACCAGACUUUGCUGUUGCCAAAAUAUCUGUGCCGGCAGAAAAAUCCAAUUAUAAUCUCAUUCGUCGAGACUGUGCCAGCAUUUUGAUAGUAAUUGAGGGAGAAGCCAAUACGAACCUACUGGCACUGAGAAAAGGUACUGUUUUAUUCCUCCGAGAGAAUCAGGAAUUGACAAUUCAGAAGGUCACUAGAGGGAAAGGUAUUACAUUGUACCAAGCUUUUUGUAAUGUGUAGAAUGAAAAGGAAGUGUCAUUCAUUGCACAUCACUGUAAAAGGCUGCAUAGAAAUGUAGUAUUGUGCUAAGUGUAAAUUUUAUGCAGUGACUUUGUGAUAACUUACAGUUCACAGUACUUUGGGUAGUGCCAUUUAAAUUAUUGAAACCGUAUUUUAGUGUAACUUGUACAGAUGCAUUGUGUAUUUGUUAUAUAUCUAUCUCAUGAUCAUUAUCAUGUACUACACUCUGUUCAGUUGCUAAAAUUUGCAUUCCAGCAUUGUAUAACUUUAAAUGUAAUUUUUGUCUCAGGUAAAAUCUGACAUCUGUAACUGCACAUGCAAAUGUGUCAGGCUGUGGAAGUAGUAAACAUUCACUUCCCACACAGGUUGUAGAUUCAAACUGAAUUAAUAUUGACAAAACAGGUUUUUUUUCGUAUAACUGUGCCAAAAACAGUGAAUUACAAAUUUUGAAAUUUACACUUAGUUUUUAGCUAUAUACGCAAUUUACGCUUUGGUUUUUUUUUUAUAUGUCAUACUAUAUUAAUAUUUGAUGAUAGUGAUUUAACUAUUCUGAGUUAAGAAUUUAGAUAGUUGUAUAUG